AUGGCGGCAGAAAUUCUAGGCUGGUUUCCCCUUUGUUUUUUUCUCAUCAUUGGUCUGUUCGUGGCGUAUCUUGCCCGACUUAAUUCGCUCUUGAAGCAUGUGCCAGAAAAGGUCCAGGUGCUAUGCCAACUGAGAUGGACGGCGGAAGAACUCAAAAAGACCUACACCGAGCUUGAGAAUCGCUCCUUGGACUACAAGGCUCAUGUACCUCCGAGGUUGGAACGUCGAUAUGUAGUUACCGGCGGUAAUGGUCUCGUUGGCGGCUUCAUCGUUCUACAGCUUCUCGCUCGAGGAACCCCGCCCGAGCACAUUCGAAUCAUCGACAUUCGCAAGCCGGAGCGCCGUGAUAUGACCACUGGCUUAGCAACGCAAGUCGACUAUGUGCCGACGGAUAUCCGAUCAGCAGCCGCCAUAGACGCAGCCUUUGACAAGCCGUGGCCUCCCUCCGCGGCUCAUCUACCACUCACAGUCUUUCACACGGCCGCGGUCAUCCUAGCGUCCGAUAGGUCGAAACAUGUGUACGACUUUCCCAAGUCCGUUAACGUCGACGGGACGAAGCAUAUCAUGGAGGCCGCGCGAAGAGCUGGUGCGGACAUAUUCAGCGCGACGUCCUCAGCUUCCAUUUCAAUUCGACGCGUGGGCCCUUUCGUCUUGUUCGCAAAUGAGCCCAAGAACUUCUGGCAAGUCCUCGACGAGCGUGACUUCUUCCAGCCCCUGAGGCCACACGAGGACUUCUUUGGCAACUACCCCGCGUCGAAAGCUGUCGCAGAAAGGCUCGUCUGCUCCGCGAACUGCGCAUCUUUCCGAACGGGAUGCAUUCGUCCCGCGAAUGGCGUGUAUGGCAAUGCGACAGAUAAUACCGUUGGUGGCCCGCUGAGUAGCACCGUCUUCCCAACAGUUUUGUUCACGGAGCCAACGUGGCACUCGCGCAUCUUCAACAUGAAGCUGUCCUCGCCGCUGCUUCCGGUGUUCCAUCUCAAGCGGGACGACCCUUCGUAG